AUGGAAAACGAUAUGUCGGCGUUAGAUCAGCAGUCAGAGAGCGAGCGCGAGCAAAUCACCCGGCGAAACGCCAAAUCACCGCUUCUGAGUCUCCCCGCGGAGCUCCGCAAUCAGAUCUUCGCACUGGCCCUUACACAGCCCACCAUUGAGAUCUUCUGGUCCGAACCGCACUUGAAGUUCAAGAUUCAUGAGGAUUGUCGGCCAGACUACGUGCGACAACCGCUCAACCUUCUCUUCGUGUGUCGACAAACCCAUGCUGAGACUGCCACUCUUCCCUACAAGCUUAAUACCUUUGCUGUCGAUUUCGUUUACCAGCGUGAUCCUCCGAAGAACUUCCUUUAUCAGAGGACAGUGGAGCAGAGGGAAGUGAUGGGCAGUGUCAGCGAGCGAAAUCCAAAAACUGGAAAAGCUGGAAAGCCUAUGUCCGCAACGAGAUGGAUGGCUUCUAUGGAAGCCGAGGCUUUCGUGCUCUAUACUUGGAAACGAGGUGAGAUGGAGGCUUGA